UUUUUUUUUGGGUGGGUGGGGGCUUCCAUUUCCUGUGCUGCAUCCGUUAAUAUCACUUGGUGGUCUCCUUUUCUCACAGGGACCAUGCGCCCGGUCCGGAGGAAUUUUUACGAUCCUUCUUCCGCUCCUGGCAAAGGGGUGGUGUGGGAAUGGGAGAACGACAACAACUCCUGGACGCCUUACGACAUGGACAUCUGCAUCACAAUCCAGAACGCCUACGAGAAGCAGCAUCCGUGGCUGGACCUCUCCUCCUUGGGCUUCUGCUACCUGAUUUACUUCAACAGCAUGUCGCAGGUGAACCGCCAGACGCAGAGGAAGCGCCGUCUCCGGAGACGCAUGGACUUAGCUUACCCGCUCAUCAUGGGCUCCAUCCCGAAAUCUCAAUCCUGGCCGGUGGGGACCAAUUCCGGCCAUCCUUGUUCGUGUCAGCAGUGCCUGCUGGUCAACAGCACCCGGGCAGCGUCAAACGCCAUCUUGGCCUCCCAACGCCGGAAGGUGUAUUCGGGCAAUAGCAACGGGACCUUGGCCGUCCGCCAGAGCAAUACUUUCAACGGGACGGCGUUGUGGUCUUUGGGCGCCGUCCAAGCGGGAGGGAUGUCCAAGAUGGAGCAGUCCCGUUCUGCCAACGGGAUGCAAGCUACCGCCACUUUCUCCCGAAGCCAGAGCGCACCUAACAAUACAACACAAGUGCCCGGUCAAAAUAACCUGAACCGGCCUGGGACACAGCGUGCCGCCAUCUUAAGUAGCAGAGCCUCCAUUCCACCAGGGGUUCCUGCUCUCCCGGUGAAGAAUCUGAAUGGAACUGGUCCAGUCCACCCUGCCUUGGCAGGAAUGACUGGCAUCUUGAUGUGUGCAGCAGGUUUGCCCGUUUGUCUGACGCGAGCUCCAAAGCCCAUCUUGCACCCGCCGCCUGUCAACAAGAGUGACAUGAAGGCCGUGCCGGGCAUUACCGGCAUUUGCCGUAAAACCAAGAAGAAACAUUUGAAGAAGAGCAGAAACCCUGAGGAUGUGGUGCGACGUUACAUCCAGAAAGUGAAGAACCCUCCCGACGAGGACUGUACCAUCUGCAUGGAGAGAUUGGUGUCCUCCUCGGGUUAUGAGGGUAUCCUCAGGCACAAGGGUGCCAAGCCGGAACUGGUAGGAAAACUGGGGAAAUGCGGGCACAUGUACCACCUCCUUUGUCUCGUUGCCAUGUACAACAACGGCAAUAAGGAUGGGAGUCUCCAGUGCCCGACUUGCAAGGCCAUCUAUGGGGAGAAGACGGGAACUCAGCCUCCUGGAAAGAUGGAAUUCCACAUUAUCCCUCACUCUCUCCCUGGCUAUCCGGAUUGCAAAACUAUCCGCAUUGUGUACAACAUUCCUGCGGGGAUCCAGGGCAUAGAGCAUCCAAAUCCUGGGAAAAAGUUCACCGCACGAGGAUUCCCACGUCACUGUUACCUUCCGGACAAUGAGAAAGGCAGAAAGAUUUUGAAACUCCUCAUUGUGGCCUGGGAACGCCGGCUCAUCUUCACCAUCGGGACCUCGAACACGACUGGUGAAUCGGACACUGUGGUGUGGAACGAGAUCCACCACAAAACCGAAUUUGGCUCCAACCUCACUGGCCACGGCUAUCCUGACCUGAACUAUCUGGACAAUGUCCUGGCUGAACUGACGGCCCAGGGGGUCUUGGAAGCCAACCUGAAGGACUGAGAAGGUGUGCGGGUUUUUUUUUUGCCUCCCUCCACCCAACGUUCCUCCUGCCUCCAUUUCGCCCUGUGCAGCGCAAGCCACUGCCUGUCUCUCCUCUCCUCCAUCUGUCUGUCCGUGUCUUGUGUUCGCCCACUGGUGAGGCAGCUGUGUUUGGGAUGGUUCCUUCCACCUUCCCAAGUCGCUUUGACUAGCUUGACUUCCAACCAUGGAGGAUGCAGGGUGCUUUCCUCCACCAUCCCUGGCAGGAUUCGCAACAUGAUCCCUCCCCGGAGAAACAAAUCAGAAGCUUUGUGAGUGAGCAACGACCCAUGCAAGCUUUUUGCUCUUCUCUUCUUCUUUUUUUCCCCCCUACAUAGGUGUAUAUUUCUUGGCCAUUCCCAUGGGUUCAAAGCUCAGUACCCCAUCAAGCCCUCCACCUCCAACUACUCAAAAUCUCACGUCCAGGUUGUCCUGCCUCCUUUUGUCUCUGUUCCUCGCUUUUUUCUCGGGUUGCCUUUGUGGCUCUGUCCAGAGAAGCAGGAAAGAAGAUCCAAGUGGAGCACCUAAGGAAGGGCAGACAUUGUGGCUUCACAAACGGGGUAGAUCCGUUGUCGACCGGCUUUGUCGUGUCUACCUUCCGUGCAACUUAAAAGGGCCUCGUCUCUUUGGUUCUGUCUCUGACUCCCAGCCUCUUUCACUGAUCAAAUGCAAAGUUUGCCCUCUUAGUUCAGCGGUCCCCCAACCCCGGUUCGUGGAGCAGCACCGGUCCGUGGCAUGUCAGAAACCGGACCGUGCAAACAAGCAAAGCCCCAUCCGCAGGAUGUCGGCAGAAUGCCAAACCACACCGAUUCGUGGAAAAAAAACCCUCUCCAUGGAACCGGUUCCUGGUGUCCCAAAGGUUGGGGGGCUGCAAUGUUUUUUCUUAUAUAUAUAUAUAUAUAUAUAUUGCAAAAUGGGGGAGGUUUUUCUAAGUGGAGCUACAGCGGAUGAAGAGCGGGAAAGCCCACAAGAUCUUCUCCUUUCCCAUAAUCCACACAGAUUCCCUUUGGUUGGCUGUUUAUUUAACAAACCCAAAAUUAUACGUUGCAGGAUAAACCAGAUACUUGGUCCUUUAUAAUACUCCCACCAGUGGUGGGUUUCCUGCAGGUUCUGACCAGUUCUGGAGAACCGGUAGCAGAAAUUUUGAGUAGUUCGGAGAUCCGGUAGUAAAAAUUCUGACUGGCCGCACCCCCAUCUAUUCUCUGCCUCCCGAGUCCCAGCUGAUCGGGAGGAAAUGGGGAUUUUGCAGUUCCCCUGGAGUGGGGACGGAAUGGAGAUUUUACAGUAUCCUUCCCCUGCCCCGCCCACCAAGCCCCACCCACCAAGCCAUGCCACGCCCACGAAACCACACCCACAGAACCGGUAGUAAAAAAAAAUUGAAACUCACCACUGACUCCCACCCACAAUUCUUGAACAAGCGGACCUUUCUGACGGUCGGUCGUACAUCAUCUUCUCGUCAUCUCCUCAAACACCAAAAUAGACAAGUUUUGGACCUGGAUUCUGGACCGCUUGGGCGGUGAUGGAAAGAGGGACAGAUUCCUUGCGUCCUGCGACACCGAAUAUCUGCAUCCCUUUCGCUAUUCUACUUUUUUUGGUCCUUCGUUGACAAUGGGGUGGGCUUCAAAAAUUUUAGCAAGGGGUUCUCUGCCUGGUUGCUGGGUGGGCAUUGUCAUGGUGGGCGUGGCCUAGUCGGCCUCCUGCACCACGGCUGGAGGGGGGGCAUUUUUGCCCUCCCCAGGCUUCAGAGGCUUUUCUUGAGCCUCCGGGAGGACAAAAACGGCCUCCCCAGGCUCCGGAGGCCAGAAACAGGCCCAUUUCCAGCCUUCCCAAACUUCCGGUAGGCCCUUUUUUCACCUUCCUUGAGCCUCUGCAUGUGCCCUGCACUUACCUGCAUCCAAAACAGGCCACGUGGGGACUCCUGGGAAGGGAGGGGCAAGGUGGGCGGGGCCAGCCAGGAGUGAGAUUUGGGGGUUCUCCGAACUGCAUAGAAUCUUAGCUAGAGGUUCUCCCGAACUCCUGCGAACUCCCAGCAGCCCACCCCUGCCCAUAUUCUGAAGCCUUGGAGAACAAUCGUCCUCCUACAUGGUGAAAGCAAAGUACCAAUCCAUUGGGAGAUCUCGGCAUGUCUGAAGCUGGGAGGGGGGGAAGGCAAUUGCUCCCAUUGCUUCUGCCACUCCUGAAAAGGACCAGGCCUUUAGCCAAUAAGAUGCCACCUCCUUUGUCUCCCCUUGCUUGACAUCCGUGUGACAAUUUGAGGUUCUCCUACGUUGCAAGAUGAAAAACAAAACAAAAAAAGAGCGAAUGACCAGAAUGUUUCUGGUUUCUUGUAACAGCCUGGAUCAGUUCUGGAGAUGAGAUGGAAGAGAUGGUCCCUUCCAGGCCGCUGCUGGUGAACUUUCUAUCCUCCACCAUUUUAUGUAGCAUGUUCAAUUAUCCAGAUGUGAGGGCAAGACUGGGACAAGUUGCCAAAUUGGAUGGAAAUGACUUUUUUACAGGAGAAAAUGUAACUUCUAUACACAGCUUUGGUCCAUAUCAAGCAGAUGCAAUAACGACGGCAACAGCAACAAUAAAAAAAUAAAUAAAAAUGGGACGAAACAGAGCAAAAUGUUGAUUGGCCGUGGUGUCACCAGUGCAGGAUUGGUCAGCAAACAUCAUGAGAAGCUCCAGAGGGCUCAGAAUGGAAUGGAAUGGAAUGGAAUGGAAUGGAAUGGAAUAGAAUAGAAUAGAAUAGAAUAGAAUAGAAUAGAAUAGAAUAUUGGCCAAGUGUGAUUGGACACAUAAGGAAUUUGUCUUCAGUGCAUAGGCUCUCAGUGUACAUAAAAGAAAAGAUACGUUCAUCAAGAAUCAUAAGGUACAAAAUGAUAGUCGUGGGAUACAAAUGAUACAAGCAACAAAAUUACAGUCAUACAGUCAUAAGUGGAAGGAGAUGGAUGGUGGGAACGAUGAGAAGAUUAAUAGUAGUGCAGACUUAGUAAACAGUAGGACAGUGUUGAGGGAAUUAUUUGUUUAGCAGAGUGAUGGCAUUCGGGAAAAAAAACUGUCCUUGUGUCUAGUUGUUCUGGUGUGCAGUGCUCUAUAGCGUCGUUUUGAGGGUAGGAGUUGAAAGAGUUUAUGUCCAGGAUGUGAGGGGUCUGUAAAUAUUUUCCCAGCCCUCUUUUUGACUCGUGCAGUAUACAGGUCCUCCAUGGAAGGCAGGUUGGUAGCCAUUGUAUUUUCUGCAGUUCUAAUGAUCCUCUGAAGUCUGGGUCUCUCUUGUUGGGUUGCAGAGCCAAACCAGAUAGUUAUAGAGGUGCAAUAAUUCCCCUGUAGAACUGGAUCAGCAGAGUACAGUGGUCUAAAGCACCCUGUUAUUAAGAACAGCUGCCUGCAAUUACUGCAGGUUCGAAUCUCGCCAAGGCUCAAGGUUGACUCAGCCUUCCAUCCUUUCUAAGGUAGGUAAAUUGAGGACCCAGUUUGUGGGGGCAAUAAGCUGACUUUGUAUAAAUAUACAAAAGGAUGAAGGCUAUUGCUUAGCACAUUGUAAGCCGCCCUGAGUCUCCGGAGGAGGGCGGCAUAUAAAUCAAUUUUUUUAAAAAAAGGUAUCUGAUAGGUACAUUUCUGGACACCUGGGGGGCAUCUCUGCUUUGUCAUGUUAUAAAUGGAGGCUAAAACAUACAAAGAAGGGUUGCAGGAACUGGGUACAUUUAUUCUAGCGAAGAGAAGGACAAGCAGCCUUAUGCAAAAUUCAAAAUCCUGGUUUCUCUUAACUUGCUCUAUCCGGCCCCUGAUUUAUGUUCCAGAUGUUCAAAUUGGAGUCUUUCCUAACCUUAUUUGGAGGUGACAGGAACAUCCUCCAAUGAGCCAACGACAGUGACUUCCAAUGAAGCAUUUCAUUUUUUCCCCCCCUUUUGCAAUGAAAAAUAAAUUAAAUCUUCAUAACACUUGGAGAGAAGGAUAAAGGGGAAAUGAGGAUGGACAUUGAUUUCAACUCUCGGAAAUAAAGGUCACGCUGGAGACUGCA